AUGACUUCAAAACUAAUAUCCGAAACUCUGAAACAACGAGUUCGUCGGCCAAGUCUGUUUUCAAAACUCACGACCGUCGACGAUCUCAUCAACAGUGGAUUUUUUAAAGAUGGAAUGAGAAUGGGAUGGUCUGGAUUCACAGGUGUAGGUUAUCCGAAGAUCACACCAAUUGCUCUUGCGGAGUAUGUGGAAAAGAACAAUCUACAAGGAAAAUUACGAUUCGACCUUUACGUUGGUGCGAGCACCGCAGCUGAAACUGAAAAUAGAUGGGCGAGAAAUGGCAUGAUAGCUCGUCGUUAUCCAUAUCAGGUUGGAAAGGACAUUCAAAAGGAAAUAAACAUGAAUCGCACUCUAUUUGCCGAUAAGCAUCUCUCGGAAUUUCCUUUGGAUCUCGUUUCUGGUUAUUACACGCUCGAGAAGAAGGGAAAUGUCAGAGAAAAAAUUGACGUCGUAAUCGUGGAAGCGACCGCCAUCACCGAGGAAGGAAAUAUAAUCCCCGGUGCAUCGGUCGGUGCCACCCCAGAAAUUGUUCAAUCGGCGGCCAAUGUUAUUAUUGAGGUGAACACAUUUUUGCCGAAUUUCGAAGGCCUACAUGACAUCACAUUGAGCAAAUUUGCCCCGUACAAGUUUCCAAAUUUGAUUCAGCGAGUUGAUGAUAGAGUCGGAACGGUAUGGGAACCUUGGUUAUUGGCCCUGCCAGAUGACAAAAUUGUCGCGAUCAUGGAAUCGACGAGACCAGAUCGUACAUCCGAUAGUGAUUUACAGGAUGACUGCUCUCGCGCAAUUGCAAACAACAUACUCGAAUUUCUGGAGCACGAAGUUAACAUGGGUCGACUACCAAAACAACUCUUACCUUUACAGUCAGGAGUUGGAAAUAUCGCUAACGCUAUCAUAGGAGGUUUGGCCGAUGGUCCGUUCACCGACGUCGAAGUAUGGACUGAAUUGUCCUUUGCAUCGGCAACAAGCGUCGCAUUUUCGCCGAUAGGAUUCAAACGAUUCUAUGAGAUGUGGGAUGAAUUGAAGGAUCGUCUGGUUCUUAGAAGCCAAAGUGUUAGCAACUCACCGGAGAUCAUCAGGCGUUUAGGUGUGAUCGCCAUGAAUACACCUGUUGAGCUUGACAUUUAUGCACACGCAAACUCGACGCACGUGUGCGGGACAAAGAUGUUAAAUGGUCUAGGCGGUUCAAAUGACUUCCUGAGGAACUCUAAACUCAGCAUAAUGCAUACGCCAUCCACUAGACCUACCAAAAAGGAUCCCACAGGUAUUUCGUGCAUCGUUCCCAUGUGUUCACACAUCGACUCAACCGAACACGACCUUGACGUGAUAGUGACCGAACGCGGCCUGGCCGAUUGCAGAGGAAAGGCCCCGGUGGAACGUGCUCGAUUAAUAAUUGACAAUUGCGUCCAUCCUGAUUAUCAGCCAAUCCUAAGGGACUACUUUGAUAUAGCGGAAAAGAAAUGCUUGGCAAUCGGAGCAGCUCAUCAACCGCAAAUGCUAGAUAAAGUGUUUAAGAUGCAUUUGAAUGUUAUGAGCGACGAGAAUACCAUGAAAAUAAAGAGUUGGGAUUAA